AUGAUCCACUCAGCAACUUCUCUGCCAAACAAGCCUGCCAGUUUCGAAAUGAGGUCCUUUAUUCUGGCGAUUCUCUUGGCGGCACUAUGUCAUGGAGACGAUUCAUUGUUCAUCGACGAACUCGAAGACUUAGUUCCCAGCAUGCAAGAUAAGAAUGAACUUGAGGAGCUCGAAGAAGACGAGACCAUGAUUCGCUCCGACAAAAAGAAGAAACUUGAUGAGAUUCUGGCCAGACAACCGGAGGACAUCAAGAAAGCCUACGCGAAGCAAGUGGAACGUGAAAAGCUCAAACAUCAAGAGAAGCUCGAGGAGAAAAUGGCAAAAGCCACAAAUCCGGCAGUGAGGGAGUACCUGCAGCAGAUCGAGGCGAUCAACAACGACAUGAGUAUUUCUGAGCAAAAAGCGAAAGAAGAGAUAAAAGAGCUGAAACUGAAGCUGAGCGAUGAGGGAAAGGAAAAAGACAUGAAGCCGCGCAAAGAAGAUGCGUAAAGACCAUCGAACUAGGAUUUGUUGCUUAUGUGAUGC